AUGGGCCAAGGACAGAGCUCGAUCCCGCCGACCGAGGUGGCCGCGCUCGUGGAACUCUACGACGCACUGGGCGGCGACCGCUGGCGCCGCCGAGACGGCUGGAAGCAGCCCACGCGCGACCCGGAGCAGUGGUUCGGCGUCGAGGUGGCCAUGGGCCACGUCGUGGCGCUCGAGCUGCCGGCCAACGAGUUGAGCGGGUGUCUACCGGCGGCCAGCCUCGCGCGCCUGCCGCAGCUCCGCGUGCUCGACCUGUCCAAGAACCAGCUGCGCGGCGAGAUCCCGGCCGAGCUGCGGACGCUCGCGGACCUCAAGCGCCUCGACUUGAGCUGCAACGACCUGACGGGCGCCAUCCCGCGCCAGAUCGGCGACUGCGAGCAGCUGCAGGAGCUCAAUCUGUACCAGAACUCGCUGUCCGGGACGAUCCCCAAGGAGCUGGGCAAGCUCCAGAGUCUGCGGACGCUGCAGCUGCAGCACAACAACCUCUGCGGGGCGCUGCCCGACGCGCUGUGUCAACUCACGCAGCUCACGAAGCUCAGCGUGCGUGGCAACUGCCUCACGGGCAAAAUCCCGACGGACGUCGGCCGCAUGCAGGCGCUCGUGUUCCUGUCGCUGAGGAACAACGAGCUCACGGGCAUCAUCCCGCCGUCGCUCGGCUGCUGCAAGGCGCUCGAGUUCCUCAACCUGUCGAGCAACCAGCUCAGCGGCCCCAUCCCAGAGACACUGGGCGAGCUCGAAGACCUCGAGUAUCUCUACCUCUUCGACAACGCGCUGGAGGGCCGAGUGCCUGGAAGCAUCGCUCGCCUCAAGUUCCUCAAGGAGUCGGACUUCCGCGACAACCGACUGCGUGGUGAGCUGCCCAACUUCCUGGACGGCUGCUCCAGCCUUGAAGCAGUCAUGACCAAGUGGAAGAACCGCAAGGCCAGCUACCGCCACGCGAUUCUGGGGGACCCCAUGCCAAGUCCAGACACACCACCGACGUCGUCGCGCCAGUUCCUGCAGACGCUCGAAGACCCCCCGUCCAACUCGUCAGCGACCUUCUUGAGUCAGAGUUUCGACCACAAAGGCAGCAGCGACGAAGGCCUCGGCGACGGCGCGCCGGAGGACGACCCCGCGAAUAACUCGCACCUCGUCGCCGAGUUCUCGCGCAAGCGCGUCUACCAGCUCCCAGGCGUUGCGUCCAAGGCUUCUGCUGUCCAGGCACAAUGA